CUCAAACAUGCAGGGUGUCUAAUUAAUAGCUAUUCAUUAUAGGCCCGUGUUACUUCAUGUCAAACUAAACAGGUGACAUCAUGAAAGGUGAAUCCGUUGCUCUUAUCUCUGCAUCCCUCAGAGAGCAAGGGGUCCUGUUUGACAUCAAGUUGGCAGCCGGUGGCGAGCCAGAUCAUAUCUCCAGUCCAGUGGUGCCCAGUGCUGAGUGAGAUGCUCCAGGCCUGACUCCUGUAGCACCAGCUGGCUUCACUCACCUGGACAGUCGGAUGGGAUUCAGGAUGAACGGCUGCAGGUGGACGUAGGCCUCCGGGGUAACGGCCCCUCCUUUCCUCGCCUGGCGGAUCAUAGCCAGCCGUUUGUGGAGGCUCCGCUCAUUGUAGAACUGCCUCAGAAGAAACAACGAGGACGGAUGAGCUCGUGCUGGAGGCCGACAGCUACAUCUACAGUUAUGUUCCACAUCCAUCACUGUCAGUGGCCCUUCAGUCCUACUUCCCCCUCUGUUCAUGCAAAGCAGAAGCACAGACGCACCGGGGACAUUUAAAUACCAGCGCGUUCCCUGGCGUCGGCUUCAGUCUUUGGCUUUACCAGCGGCGGACACCGGCAGCACCAUGGAUCUGGAGGACUCUGUGGUUAAGGGAGGCGUGCUGAUCGUCCACCACGUCCACGAUGGAAAGCACCAGUACAAAGUGGAUAAUGUGAAGUACAAAAGGGUUUGCGACAAAGCGUUUGUCAGGAGAGGAGACAAACUGAUGCAGAUAAACGGCAUGGACCUGCAGGAUCUCACGCCUGAGGAGUUGGCACAGUCGUUAGCGACAGAUAAUCCGAUGCUGACGGUUCACAAGGCCAGCAUGACGAAGGAGCACACUGAGCAGGUCUUCCCAGCUGAGGACACCUUACAUCCCUUCUCCAAGGAAUCCACAGUACUCAGUUUCAGCAUGAAGAUGAGGAGGGCGGAGGACCUGCAGCAGAAUGAAGUGGGGCAGGAGGCGGAGAGAGAGGAGGACGGGGCUAAAGAGGAGGAUGUUUGCCAACCUGAAAACAAGGAGAAUGGGGAGUGGGGGGAUCUGCUCAUCAUAUCCAUGAAGAAGACCCGCAUCUCCGUGGUGAACGGGAGGGGCUGCGACAUCAGGAGCCCCUGUCAGGGCUGUAAUGGGACAGGAUGUACCUUUAAUGAUGUUGUCAUGGUGUCAGAGUCCAGCGAGGUGAUGCUUGUUCCCAGGGGACCUGGAGGUUUGCGUCAGCUAAAGUCGUUGAACGCUGCAAUCGAACAUUUUCCGUCACAACAAUACCUCAGAGGUCUCUGCUCACAGAAGGCUAUAUAUGCUUCACCGAACCCAGAGGAGAUGACCAUCUACUACUACAAGUCAACCAGUUUCGUCACCUUCAAAGGACAGCCAGUGGUCCUGAACUUUAGCAAUUCCAACUGCUUCCUCCAGUGCUGCAAGGAAGGGGACAGGGUGUUCCUACAAGUGGAGACUUACGAGAAGCAGAGGCUGAAGAAGAUCUCCAUGAGCGACGAGGGUGCCCUCUCCUUCGUCUUCUACAUGAAGGCCGGGGCGACCAAACAGCGGACGUUUGAGUCAGCGCUGCACGGCGGCUGGUUCAUCCAAAUAGACAACACUAAUUUAGUGGCAAUGGCAACCCUGGAUGGAGGGGGCGGGGACGAAUCGUUCCUCUUCAUCAUUCAGACUUGAGGGAGACUCACCUUCCUCAGACCUCAAGUGUACCAUUCAUAUUCACAUGGCGGAAAGAAAAACAUGAGAGGAGCUCUUUUGUUUGACCCACCUGGGCCUGUGACACAAAAGCCACAUCACCGUGUCAAAUUCUGCUAAUGCAGAAGUGCGUAGAUAUGUAUCAUACAACUAUAUCUAAUUCAAACAGGUUGCAUCUGCGUGGAAGCAUGAAAUCCAUUUAGUUGUUUAUGGUGACCUUUAAAACUGAUGGUUGUUGAUGGAAUUUGUGUUCAGUAGAUUUUAUUAAACCAUUUUUAUAUUCAAAAUAAAUGUGA